UGCGCAUGUUAGCAUGACCCUUAUUUUAUUAUUAGGUAGUUUUUUAUUGGUUUUUCUAUUGAAUUGUAUAUUAUUCGGGAUAUAGUCACUAUACUUUUGACAAUUAGGAAACAAUAACUAUUUUUGUCAAAUAACUAGUUUCUUAUAUAUAUAUUAGCGAUCAAAUGGGGGAUUCACAAGAAAAUAACAAAGGAAAGAGUAGAGACAAAGAUAAUUAUGUAUCUUGGACUAUGGAGGAUACCAAUGAGUUGUUGCACCUCUUGGUGGAUGCUAUGAAUAGGGGAUUGCGUGAUGCCAAUGGGUCACUUAGCAAACAAAAUGUAGAACGAAUAAUACUUCCUCAACUCAAUGCAAAAACUAAAUUCCCUAAAACUUAUAGUCAUUAUUUGAGUCGGAUGAAGUGGUUUCGAAACCAGUAUAACAUGAUGUCAACCCUUAUGCGCAACAACUCUGGCUUUGGAUGGGACCCAAUUGGAAAAACUUUCACUGCUCAUGAGGAUGUAUGGAAAGAUUACUUAAAGUCCCACCCAAGUCACAGCAAACUUCGAGGAAAAAGUAUGGUUGAUUAUGAGUAUUUGAAGAUCGUUGUUGGGGGUGGAGUUUCUAGCGGGAAUAAUUCUAUAUCAGUCGAUCCAGAUGAUACUGAUGCAAAAACUUUUGAGCCAGAAAAUAGAACUGUUGGGAUAGAAGAAUUUUCAUAUGAUCCUAAUAGUGAUACAUUCAUAACACCAAAUAACUAAGAACCAGCAUAUCAGCCUCCAUCACCAAACCAACCAAGUCCACCAUCCCACCCCCCUUUAGAUUCAGAGGUUCCCAUAGAAAAACAAAACUGUCACAAGCGAAGGAGAUCCGA